AGCAACCUUGCACCAUCCCCUCCUUUUCUCUCUGACUAUACUGAAUCUCUUCCUCCUGAAUCAUUCCCGAAAAUGGCCGCCAAAAGGUUUUUCAAUGAUUCUGGUCCAGACCCAGACAACCGAAGCGAUAAACGCAUGAGACCCACUCGACCUUCUUUUGCUUCGAUCAUAGGAGAAGUGGUUAUGGUGAAGAACAUGCACAACCUUUUCUCUGCCUUGGAGCCUUUGCUCAGAAGAGUCGUUACUGAAGAGGUUGAAAGAGCUAUGAGGCAUUGUUGCCCACGUUCGUUGACUCGGUCUCCUUCUCUGCGAAUCGAAGCAUUUGAACAGCCACAAGCAUCAGGCUAUCAACUAAUGUUCAGCAACAAGCUUUCUCUUCCAAUAUUCACGGGAACCAGGAUUCUGGACAUUGAUGGCCAAAAUAUCCAAGUGAUGCUUGUUCAGAAGAACGGUGACCAAAUGGUUCGGACCAGUCUUCCCCAACCUAUUAAGCUGGAACUUGUGGUUCUCGACGGAGAUUUCCCCGCAGCCGACAAGGAGGCAUGGACCACCGAGGAGUUCGAUAAGAACAUACUGAAGGAGAGAACCGGGAAACGGCCUUUGCUCACCGGAGAAUUGAACCUCACCAUGAGGGACGGGAUUGCACCCACCUGUGAUAUUGAGUUCACCGAUAAUUCUAGCUGGAUCAGAAGCCGCAAGUUCCGGGUCGCCGUCAGAGUUGCUCCGGGGAGUAACCUCGGUGUUCGGAUUCGUGAAGGCAUGACGGAGGCCUUUGUUGUGAAGGAUCAUCGUGGAGAACUGUACAAGAAACAUCACCCACCAAUGUUGAACGAUGAAGUGUGGCGUCUGGAGAAGAUUGGUAAAGACGGAGCUUUUCACAAGAAGUUGUCGUCGGAGAGUGUUAACACCGUCCAGGACUUCCUCAAGCUCUUCAUCGUCGAUCCUCACAAACUCAGAAAGAUUCUAGGGAUAGGGAUGUCCGAGAAGAUGUGGGAAGUGACUGUGAAGCACGCCAAGACGUGUGUAAUGGGGACCAAAGUCUACAUGUACCGUGGGUCCCACUUCGCCCUCUAUCUGAAUCCCAUCUGCCAGCUCAUUAAAGCUGAAAUGAACGGCCACACUUUCCACGGCAAGGACAUCAGCACCAACAUUAAUAGGACCUACAUAGAGAAACUGGUGAAGGAGGCAUAUGCGAAGUGGAAUUGCUUGGAAGAAAUUGACCAACUUAUGGGGAGUAACAUGGCUCUACUAACCCAAGGGGACAGCAUGGAGCAAAUGCCAAACAACAGCAUCAGCAACAAUGAAGCAAUAUCAUUUGGUAAUGAGAUGGACUUCUUGGGAGAUAGCUACGCAACAAACAAUGCGGAAAUUGUAGGAAGUGGUGAGUGGGGACUGAAUAAUCCAGUAUUCUCAACAGCAUCGUACGUAAAUGCCAUGACUUAUAACUUCUCCGAGACACAAUCAGAUGGGAAUAUAACGCCCUCUGCUUCUCUCAUGGACGGUUCUGCAACUCCCAGAUGGCCUUGACCAUUAUUCUGUACAUAUAUAGGACUCUAUAACUUACAGCAUCAGGUAAAUUAGGUUUUAGUGCAGUGCCAAGUGUUUCAGCCCUACAAAAUGUGUUUGCUAAGCAUCACGGUGCUUAGAUUGGGCUUUGUUAUGUUAGUCUGUAGGGAGUAGUUGUUAGGUAGGUGGAGGCAGGCCCAUUUUUAAGAAGGUGUUGUGGAUGAUGGGCAGGGCCUCUCCUUCCCAAUGGUCAACCUUGCCCUUAAUGGGUCAGUGUUGCUGUGUUUAUUCAAUGUUUCCCAAGUCACAGACUUCUGCAACGUGAUGUUUCAUUUCUUCUUGUAUUCGUUUUGGGCGUGGUUUCCCGUGAUAUUGAUCUCCGUUCAGUUCGAGUUU